AAGAAGAAUCAGAAGAAGAAUCAGAAGAAGAAUCAGAAGAAGAAUCAGAAGAAGAAUCAGAAGAAGAAUUAGAAGAAGAAUCAGAAAAAGAAUCAGAAAAAGAAUUAGAAGAAGUAUCAGAAAAUGAAUCACAAAAAGAAUUCAAAGAAGAAUUUCGAGAAGGAUUUCAAAAAGAAACGGAAUAG